UUUCCCCUUUUUGCAGCGGAUCCAAGCUCAGCGGCUGCUUCCCUGGGGCUGCUUGUACUAACGCGGCAUGGAGCAGCGAGCUGAGCUCAGCGUUGGAUGCCGAGGGCUGCUCCUAAAUGAGAAACAUCUGGUGCCGAGCAAGCUUGGACCAAGCGCCCAUUGGCUGCCGCGGGUCAGGACGAAGGGAGGAGUCCCGCCGUUUUAAAGCCAUGACAUCAUUUUCGUCUUGAGUGGCCUUGGGAGACGAGAACGGGGAGCCUCGCUUCAGCCCCAGGAAAUGGAGUCGUGGAGCGAGGCGCCGUCGGUGCGAUCCGGGCUCCGUGAUGACAACAGCAUCCUCUGGGAUUGACAUCUGGGUAGGAGCGACUGAGGAAGGCUUGGAGACUUGGUCAGCCGUAGCGUCUGCCUCCAGAUCCUUGGAAAAAGGAAAUGAUGUCUGAAACCAAGCUGCAGGGAGAGAUGAAGCCAGAAGGAGGCAGCAGCGAGCCAAUGACAACCCAAGAGCUUCUUCAGAGACUCCGGGAGCUGGAGGCAGAGAAUUCCGCUUUGGCACAAGCCAAUGAGAACCAGCGAGAGACGUAUGAACGCUGCCUGGAUGAGGUAGCCAAUCACGUGGUGCAGGCACUGUUAAACCAAAAGGACCUUCGUGAGGAAUGCAUCAAGUUGAAAAAGCGGGUCUUUGACCUUGAGCGUCAGAAUCAGGCCCUGAGUGAUCUCUUCCACCAGAAGCUGACAUCUGGCUCUCUCUCCCAGCUCCCAGCCCGUCCUGCUUCCUUGCUCUCGGACACACCAUCCAGCUCCCUGCCGGGCACGGUAGAGAAGCUCCCGGCUCCGUUCCCUUUUGGACGCUGCAUUUUGCAGAGAGAGGCUAUCUCAGAGGAGCAGUGUGUUGGCAUUCCUGGGCCCAGCCCCCAGUCGCUGGAAGCCCUGUCUCCAUUCCUGCGGAAGAAAGCCCAGAUCCUGGAGGUGCUUCGCUCCCUGGAAGAGAUGGACCCCCUGCUGGCCUUCCCUUCUCCUUGGAGAGAGGCCGGGCAGCCUGGCUCCCCAGAAGGUGUGACGGCUGAUGCCUGGCCCUGCCUGCUCCUAGCACAGGGGGAGGUUGUGCCUGAGCAGCCUCCACUGAAGGGAGAGGGCAGCUCUUCCUCCUCGUCAGAUGAGGCUGGCGAAUCUGACCCCCCCGAGAAAGGGCACCCUCGGCAGGUGCUGCUGAGUGCACUGGCUGAGCACAAGUUGGACUUGGGGGACGUGGAAACCUACCUGCAACAGGUUCUGAGGGAGGCAGGCGAGAACGCCCUGCUCAAUGGGGAGCCCAAUGGGCCCUGUGCAAUGGAAGGCUCCGGGGGCCAAGUCAGUAGCUACAAGCACAUCCAGGCUGUCAGCUGCCUGGAAGGCUUGGGGCCUCCAAGGGAGCCAGCCUGCCUUGGUGUCUUAGCGCCAAGUGAGGGCAAGGACAAGUCUCGGCAAGGCCCACCCAUCCCCUCUCCCUCCAAGGUGCUCAAGUUGCUGAAGAUGCCUCCGCCACCCAGCCCUGCCGCCCUCCGGCUCAGCCCGCAGCUCACCCGCAGCUCCAAAAUCCCCUGCCGGAGCAACACAUAUGAGGUGUACCACUCUCCUGCCCCCAGCCGCAAGGGCUCCCCGGACAGUCCUUUCCCUGUCGACCCCAACCUAGCUGGAGGCCACCCCUCUCCCAAGGCGGGUCGGCACCUCGUUCCAGUGCCACCCAAAAUCACACCGACUUCCCCAGAUCCUUUUGGCUACCACAAGCCCCAUGAGUAUGAGAACGUCUUGGAGCUCUCUCUCAGCAGUGCCAUCAGCGCUCCUCCUCAACCACCCCAAGACACCAAGCCGGACAUGUCUGAAGCGCUCUCGCCUGCCUGCCCCUCGGCACCUCUCCGGCCAAUGCUGUCUGGUGAUGUUUCCCUGGAGCCCUGCCCCUUCGCUGGUGGGCGAGAGAAGCUAGGGCCCGAGAGUCGGCACUCCCCACCUCUUGCUCGCCGAAACACAGAUGGCUGCAGGAAGGUGGCGAACGGCCCAAGCAAGCGGGCCUCUGAGGUGGCCAACAUGCCCUUCAAGGAACGGCUCACUGUACUCGGCAGGCUGAAGGGCGCUGAGGGGAAGGAGCCAGCAGGUUUUGAGAAGGGAAGGGUCCCAGCCCGGCCCUGUGAGCGAGCGGAGGGCUAUUCCGAGGCCCACCCCAGGUUGGGCACUGGGAGCAGCAGCCUCAAGCACCACGAGCCUUGCCACGGUGGCGAGCCGGCCCCCCGGUGCUACUCGUCUCACUCCGUUGGCUCCCGUGGCAACGAUGCUGCUGAGCACCAUGUCUCCAAGAAUCGUCUGGUGGGAACCCCAGCCGCCAGGAACCCGGCCAAGCCCCCGCCGCCCGGGAAGGCUGCAAAGAGCCCUCACGGGAGCCCUACCAAAUUACCUUCCAAAUCCCCGACCAAGGCCCCGGCACAGGACCCCAAGCCAUGCCUGCCGCCAGCCAAGCCGCCCACCGGUGCAGGGCGUAAGAACCCGCCUUGCCCGGACCCCGCCCCUAAGGGCAAGCCUGGGCCUCCCGCCAGCAUCGAAGAGAAGGUGAUGAAAGGCAUUGAGGAGAACGUUCUGCGGAGGCACAAAGGGGGCCCAGCGGCCGGCGAGGCAAAGCAGAAGAACUCGAGCGGCCUCGCCAGCUGGUUUGGCCUGCGGAAGAGCAAACUGCCUGCCCUCAGCCGUAGGCCCGAAGCCCCCAAAGUCAAGGAGGGCAAAAUGGCCUCUCGCAGACUGGAAGCGGAGAGCCUGAACAUUUCCAAGCUCAUGGAGAAGGCAGAGGAUCUUCGCAAGGCCCUGGAGGAGGAAAAGGCCUACAUCAACGGGUUGGCCCUGGACAAGCCCCGGCCCCAUGCCUGCGACACCGGCCACAGCCAGCUCACCCUCAUGUACCAGGAGGUGACUGCUGAGAACUUCAUGCAGCAGCUGCUCAACAGGGUGGAUGGGAAAGAGGCACCAUUUGAGACACACCUGGAGCAGAAGAAUGAGCUGCAGAGGGGGCUGCAUGAUGCCAAAGACCCCCGGCUCAUCCGACCUCCACGCAACGGCAUUGUUGGGCACCUCCAUGCCUGUCCUGAGGCCCCUCCCAAGCUUCGUGAUGCCACUUUGCGAGAGGAGAUCCCAUCCGAUGACAGCCUGGCUGACUCUGUGACUUCCCAACACUUUGCAGUGUGUACCUCCCUGACGCGGACCCUGGACAGCGGCAUUGGUACCUUCCCACCUCCGGACUACUGCAGUGGCAUGCCCUGUAAGAGUGUGCCGAAGCUGAGACCCCGACUGGACCCUCCACCAGCUGGCCCUCUGCCAGUUAGGGCCCCCCCACCUGUCACCAGGGUGCCUCGCAAAGCCCGCACCCUGGAGAGGGAGGUGCCAAGUGCAGAGGACCUGCUGGGGCCUAGCAAGCACCAAAGCAUGCCCGCUUUCCAUGGUGUCUUAACCAGCACCGAGCCAUCUCCCGGGCAUCGUGAUCGCAGAGGCUGCCAAGAAGAUCUCUGCAGUGAGCCCAGGAAGCCGCGACACACCCCACAGAGCAAGAACUGGACAUUCCCCAAUGCCAAAGCAUCUGCUGGCACUGAUCCUUUCCUUUGUUCUCCUCAAAGACUGGAGGGGCUUCAUGGCUCUGCAAUGGGCUCAGCUUGCAGCAUUGGUGAGAGGAGACGGACCUCGUCGGAUGGGCCUCAGGCCUCGCCGGCCUUCAGCACCAGCAGUAGCCGCACUCCCAGUGCUUCUGACGUGGGUGAAGAGGGCAGUACAGAGGCCCGUUCACGGGAUAUGGGGCCGGAAGGGCAGGCCGGCCUGGAGAACUCUGAGUCCCUCAGUGACUCUCUGUAUGACAGCUUGUCCUCAUGCGGCAGCCAGGGCUGAGCAUGGGGGUGGGAUGGGGGCACAGUUGAGGCACUGCUUCCUUGGCUGACACCACCACCUGCUCCUGCCUGGUGCUUCAAAGGGCCCAGCACUGCUCACAGGAUCCUUCUUGAUUCUCCCAAACCAAAUCUUGGCCCUGCACCAGAACAUGAUGUGUCUUCCACACCCAGCGCUCCUGCCUCCUCCCAAACAGGGAAGCAGGACCUUUAACCAGGACUUUGUCUGUCAAGAGAAGGGGUAGGGGGCCAGAAGAAGAAAGGAGAAUGGGGGGGGCGGGCAGGAGCUGGCCAUGUGCAUUUGCUCCCUCUGCAUUAGGCCUGCUUAACUAUGGGUCGUGGAUCCUCGGGUUUGCUAAGUAGACAUCCCUUUGGCUGAAGCACUGGGGGCGGGAGUGGGAUCUCUCUUGCCUUGCCACUUCCUCGGCCAGCUUGCUGGGAUUGUAAAUUCACUGUGGGAUGAGUUGGGUUCUAGUAUCCUGUGGCAGCUGGAGUUGGCUGUUCGGUAUAGAGGGUAGUUUCCUAAGGGGUAAGUCUUCACAGUUAGUUAACAGCUCUCUAUCUGGAACUUCCACCAGCUCAACAGGCCAGUCCUGACCGCCAUUUUGCAGGCCAGAAGCAGAACACAAAAGACUUAGGAGGACACAGGAAUAUCCAAGUGGUCGUGUCCUUGCCAUGCUUAUCCCCCCUCAUGUGGAGGAACAUCCCAUAUUGGCAACCAUAAAAGCUACUCCGCCUCCUUUACCUCACUGAUUGUGCAAAGUCUCGUCUAAGCAUAUUACCUAAGCCAUUUGGCCUUUUGAUGCUUGGAGAGCACAGGAGACUUUGCCAAAUUCAGGAUUUCCCCCUCACCUGGAAGAAGAGUGGGGGUACUUACAGCCCACCCCUUUGGUUCAAGGGUAUAGCUGUUGGACUGUACCAAACAGAAGGGUGGGGGCGGGCUGUGUUGGGUGGGAUAGUACCUCAGCGGCUCUCUUGCCACAGUCUCCCAGCAUUCCCUUGGUUCACUCUUCUCUCCAACCCAGACCGACCAACCAACUGGUUGGGCUCCUUCUCCACAAGAUUCUUGUAUCCCUGGAACUGAGAGCUACUGUGGCUCCAGGAGGGACAGCUGGGCCCCUCACUACUUACCCCUUCCAUGUAAUUUUUUUGGUAAACAUUAAGUUAUUAAUGUUGCUGUUUGUUUAGUUUCCACCCAGUCAAGCUGCCUCUUUGCUCCUUUCCCUGUUUCUAUGGGAGCCAGGUUGGUUCCCCAGAUGGUGCUAUUUGGCUGUGUACAGGCCCUUUCCCUCACGUCUUGCUUUUGUUUCCCUCCCCCUCCUUUUUAAAAAAUUUGAUAUUUUUUUUAAAUAUUAAGAUGUUGUUUGCUCCUUUUCUUAUUUAUAUAAGUUAUUGUGGAACGAGGCUGUUUAUUGUCUGAUCUCCCAGAAAAUAAAGGGAAACAAAAAAAGAGA